UUGAAGGAAGCAGCAUGUAAACAAACCCGACCGCUGUCAAACGGUCAGCAUAAAGUUCACGAAUUUGGCGAAAGAAAGCAAAAUUAGUAAACACAUUGGAAGCUUCUAAUGAGCGGCGCAGAUCCAGUGUGCUGUGGUUCCGGCUGUACCAACUGUGUGCUGGAUGUGAAACCCUCGAAACAUACGCUUCCUGCCGACGUGACGAACGUUUUCGAUCGCACGUACAAACCGUUCGUGUGUGAAACAAUCGCUCAGGUUACGGGGAAUGUAUUCCGUUUCCGGUUUCGAUACGUUCCGAGCACGGUCACCGAACGGGAGCGUGUGAUUGUACCACCCGGAUGUCAUUUAAUGCUACGAACGCUUCGAACGCACAAUCCGGACGGCAUCGGAAAUCAUCUACUGAAAGCCUGGCGUGAAGAGGCUUCUUCCGUGCCAAACGAUACCAGUGCGAUUGCAAAGAAACCGAUGCAAAAGUACGACAAAGCUGAAGAUGACCUAUAUUUCAGCCGCCCCUACACACCGAUCGCGUUCGACCAGGAGCAGGGUACGUUCGAGGUGCUGAUAAAGCUGGAACGUGGCGGUGCAAUGUCCAACUAUCUCACUACCCUUUCGGUUGGCUCGCGCACCGAAUGGAAAGGAGUGUACGGCGAUUUGCUAUGGAAACGAAACCAACACCGUAACGUGGUUGCGUUCGUGCAAGGUGUUGCCAUAGCACCGAUCUACAGCACGUUGCGAGCGAUUCUAGACGAUGACGACGAUGAGACCCGGCUGAUGCUUUGCGCAUGCUUUCGCGAUCUUUCGAAUGUGCUUCUACGGGAGGAACUUCACACACUAGCUCGCUAUUGGAACUUCAAAUACGCCAUCUACCUGUCCCGCCGUACCUGUGCUUGUGUGGCAAGUCCGGAAAGCUGUGCGUGCAUUGCGAAACAUCACCUGCGAUACAACGAACCAAUCCACGAUCGACGGCUCGAACCGGAAGAGAUCGAACGGCUGCUCCAGCGACCACUUUCGGACGGGAAGCAAUCACUGCUAGUAUUACUCUGCGGCACGGAACCGUUUACCGCCUUUAUCAAGACUAGUCUACAGAAGUUGGAAAUAGAAAAUUGUUACACUUUCUAGAA